AUGUUUUUAACCAAAAGGUUCCUACUUUAUUUUAUCGCAAUUGCAACUGGUCCGUUAGCCAUCACUUGUCUUCCGGACGGCUGGCGACUAUGGCCAGAAGGUCGUGCAGACCACGUCAUUGAAGAACGUAGUCUUCAAUGCGAUAUCUAUGUUGAAGUGAUUAAUUUAUUAGGGGCACUUGGUGGACCCGCAACUGCAUUUUGCAGCUCUUACCUCCAUAUUCCCAGUGUCACCACAGUUGAGCCCACUGUCGUACCACAACCAGUUACGUAUACAUAUACCGAUAUUCUGUUUACCACCAAUGGCCCUGAAAAGAUGAUUAAGAUGCUGAAGGAAAGACGGAAUGAGCCGGCCAACAAUAUUGAAGCUCGAGCCACCCCAGCUGCUUUACAGCGCUUCACUUCGGGGGGAGAUCUCCGCGGCAUGUAG